CGAGCCCGUGGGGGGAACAAGCCACGGCAGCGUCUGGGCUCCGCUGACCCGUCAGGCAGGUUUCCCCGAGCAGCAGCCCAGCCGCGGCGGGGCCGGCCAUGCCCCUGUGCCCGCGCCGCGCAGGCUGACGGAGCCCCUCCGUCCCCUCGCGGAGCCAUGCGGGCGCCAGGGCUGCUGCUGGCCUGGGCGCUGCUGCUGCGUGGGGCUGGCGGCCAGCAGUGCCAGGCGGGCAGCGCCGGGGCCGUGCUGCGCUUCACCGACAGGCACGCCGAGAUCCGCGUGCCGGCGCUGCACCGCGUGCCCAGCUCGCUGGACCCCCUCUACGGCCUCGUCCGGCGCUGCCUGGACCUCAUCCAGCAGAACCCGCUGCCCACAGAGCUGCUCAGGACAGCCCUGAACGACCCCGGCUCGGUGCGGACGUCGCAGGUGGUGCAGUACGAGCUGGGCUAUGUCGUCUGUGCCGCCGUGGCUCUGCUCUUCACCGUGGCCAUGCCCGUGGCCGGGAUGUGCUUCUGCUACUGCCGCAGCCGGCGGCGCUGCGGGGGCCGCCUCCGCGCCCACCGGCGCUCGCUGGGCUGCCGCCGCCGCUGCCUGCUGGCCUGCCUGUCCUUCACCUCCCUCGUCAUCCUGGUCAGCGUCACCUGUGCCUUUGUGACCAGCCAGCGGGUGAAGGGGCAGAUGGAGCCGGGGCUGGGGGCCGUGCCCUCCACGCUGCGCACGCUGCGGCAGCACCUUGCCAACGUGCCCCAGGGCGUGCAGAUGGUGGUGGACAAGUUCGAGGUGCCCCGAAAGCAGAUCAUCUCCGACCUGGGCGGGCUCAGCAGGAGCGUGGGGCUCUCCAUCCACGCGCAGCUCAAGGCCAUGACCUACGCGGCGCUGGCCGACCUGCAGGACAGGGCCGGAGACCUACAGACCUCGCUGCACCAUUUACAGAUCGUGCACAGGACGGCGCAGGCGCUGGCGGCGGCGCGGGCCGAGCUGGAGCCGGCGCUGCGGGAGCGGAGGAGCCGCGUGCUCGCGCUCCUGGACGACCCGCGCUGCACCUCCUGCGCCAGCGUCCUGGGCAGGGCACAGGGCCUGCAGCUGGGUGCUGACUACAGCAAGGUGCCGUCGGUGGAGAAGGUGUUGAAGGCGCUGGCCGGCCUGCCCCGAAGCGACUUUGCGGAGAUGAUUCGCCAGGGCAACGGCACCUUCAACUCCAUCCCGGAGCUGGCCGUGGAGAGGAUGGCGCAGGUCAUCCAGGAUCUGCGGGCGGAUCUGGCCCGCACGGCGGAGAAGGUGCAGUCCAUUGCUGACAGCUUCCCCCUCCCCGACUACACGCGGCCGGCGAGCGAGGCGCUGCUGGAGGCGGAGCACCGGAGCCGGCCGUACCUGCGGGAGGCCGCGCGCUUCGAGCGCUACAGGUGGAUCGCGGGCACGGUGCUGUGCUCCAUCGUCCUCCUCAUCCUCGCCUGCAACGUGGUGGGAAUGGCUCUGGGGGCGUACGGCCUUUCCAAGCGGGAGGACCCCAGUGACUACGAGUGCCGGGGAGAAGCUGGCGCCAAGUUUCUCCUGGUCGGCGUGGGCUUGGCUUUCCUGUUCUCCUGGCUCCUCAUCCUCCUGGUUUUCGCCACCUUCCUGGUCGGGGGAAACAUCCAGACGCUGGUUUGCAGGAAUUGGGUCAACCAGGAGAUUUAUAAGUUCAUCGACACCCCCGGGAACCUCCCUCCAUCCAUGAACGUCACCCGCCAGCUCAACCUCCGCAGGGACUCCAACCUCAGCUCGGCGUACCGGGAGUGCAAGAGCGGCGCGGGGCUCUGGGAGGUGCUGCAGCUCGACGGCUCCUACGACCUGGAUGAGCACCUGAGAACCCCCCAGUACACGGCUGACUUCCAAAAACGCCUGGGCGACUUCACGGCGGAGCUGGGGGACGUGCGGCUCCUGCGCAGCGAGGGCAGGCAGGACCUGGAGGCCUUCGCCCGCAGCGGGGUGGACGAGGUGGACUACGGGCGCUUCCAGGAGGAGAUGAAGAACCCUGUGGUGCAGACCAGCCUGCCCGGCUUGGCCAGGAACCUGGAGGGGCUGCAGAAGAUGCAGAGGAACAGCACGGUGGCCGGGCGGCUGGCAGCGGAGGCGAGGGCGCUGUGGCACAUGCAGAACUCCACGGUGCAGUCGCAGGAGGCUUUGGUGGCAAAGCUGGGGGAAAGCGUUCAGUUCCUCUCCCGCUUGGCGCCGCACCUCAAGGAGCGGGUGAGGAGGACGCUGGCCACCACGGCUUCCGUGGAAGCCCGGCUGCCCCUGCAGGCCCAGCAGAUCCUGCGGCAGGAGCUCGGCUGCUUCACCAGGAAGGAGCUGCGCUAUUUCACCCAGUACCUCAACUGGGUCGGGCAGACGCUGAGGGAGGACGUGGCCUCGUGCCAGCCGCUCGCCACGGCCCUGGACAACGGGCGGGUCAUCCUGUGCGACCGCAUCGCUGAGCCCUGGAACGCCUUCUGGUUCAGCCUGGGCUGCUGCACCUUCUUCCUCAUCCCCAGCAUCAUCUUCGCCGUCAGACUCACCAAACACUUCCGCCCCAUCCGCAACCGCCUCAUCUCCACGGGGUCAGAGGAGACCUGUCCCUUCCACAUCCCGCGUGUCACAGCGCUCAAGCUCUAGGACGGGGCUCUGCCGGGUGCAGCGCCCCAGGAGCUGCCACAAACCCAACCCAAACCCAAACCCAAACCCGUGCCAAAGCUCCGGAUCCCUCUGGCACCCCUCAGGGCUUUGGAUCCCUCUGACGUGUCCCCU